CUGGUCGCGACACGACCAUGCGAGGCCCCUGGUUUGAAUGAGCCCCGCUUGCAACCACCACGGCGAGCACUUCGCAAGAAUCACGUCUUUCGCAGCCUCACUCUAGUGAUUCCUGGCCUCCCACCCCGCCAGCUUAUUUGCUCCUGCUGGCAGGUCCACUCAUGCAGACAACGACGAUGCGAUGUUCAUGACUAGCGGAUCGCCUCCUGGGGGACAUCCGGUGCGGUGUCCAAUAUCAACGGCACAUCACCAUCGCAAGGCUCUCUAGACACCAAGGCACGGCUUUUGGGAGGCUCUAUUCCCUUUCCGCCAACAUGGAGUCUCCACCAACAUCGGCUCAGCUGGUCAUCUCCUCUUCUCCAGAUCUGCCUGCUUUGGAGGAUAUCAUAGCCAAGGCACCAAGAAAACCACCGCUGCGCAGUGGUAGCCGCGCUGCCGCGAUACCUCUCGAUGCAAGGACCACCUUCACUAGCGCUGCAGAGGUCCUGAGGGAAGCACCUGAAAUUGACAUCGAGACUGAGAGAAUCACACGGUCGCCUGCCCGCAAGCCGAAGCCCACACAGCGGAUGCGCCAGAAACAACCUGCACAACCACGAGAACGUCCAACGCUGGGGCGAGCUGGAAGUCUUGGGUCUCUGUCUCCUGACGAAAAGCCGUGGCAGCGGUACAGGAGCAGGCAGUCGUCAAACAACGGAUCCCCGUCACCAUCCAAGUCGCAGGCCGCCCCAGCCCCUCUGAUGGAGACUGCAAACAAGUCAGAAGUCAAGGCUGGGUCGGAGACCGUGUCAAGGCACUUCGCAACCAAAGCAGAAUCUCCCCCAAUUGAUCUGACCUCCGCGGAUCCAGAGCCAUCAGCAGUCCCGUUGCCUCCAGCUGGACCAAGGACGUUCGCCAGACGUCGAGAGUGGACGCCACCGCCUCCGGACUCCGUGGUGGUGCUUGACUCCGAGUCUGACAACAGAGAAGUCCUCUCCUCGGCCGUGAAGCCUUCGGAAGAAGAGACAAGACACAAGGCUGUAUUUCAGACACUACAGGAUGAGUUCGGAUGCAAAGCCGAGAGCUCGGGUGCGGCUCGAAGCAACGUGACUCCAUUAGAAGUGCUCGGCAAACGAAAAUUGAUCGAGACCGUUCCCAUGACAGGUCAUGGUCAGCGCACGUCUCGUAGUACCUCGCCGACCAAGCCAGCCACGGCAAGGCGCAAAGUCAGAACAAUUACCGAGCUUGCGACUGCACCAUACGCUGCUCCCAUCGAACCCGAAUUCGACAUCACAGUGGGACACACGCGUGAGUCCCUGCUUGGCUAUCUUGACCAGGGCGGCGAUGUCAAGGCCUUAUUCGAGGUCCAGGAGGCUGCUCUAGCAAAGGCAAAGGAUGGGAAGAAGCCAUCCAAGGCACCACCCAAAAAGCCACGUAAGAAGAAUGGCAAGGUGGUGGAAGUGCCGAUUCUCUUGUCUCCAAGCACUGCGCUUAAGCAAAGCAGUAAACAAGAUUUCGUCUUUGGUACGUCAAGUCAGCUCAUUAUGGACGACUCUCCUCGAGCUUUACGAGAGCUGCAGCUUGCCAUACAGGCAUCAAACAAGCUCGACGACGAGGCAAAUCCCGCCGAUGACCAGCCAGGUUUGUGGCAUGCUGGUGCGCGAGAUAUUGAUGGCUCUUUACUCGAGUUCCGCUAUGUCGGCAGCACCUCGCAAGAUCCGGUCCGACAGUCGCCAUCGCCGCAAGUGGGUACUGCCGCUGUGGCUGCGCAGAGUGACAGCGCACCGGCCAAAACUGUAACUGAGUCAGAUGAUCUCUCGAAUCGACUUGUGGAUGAAUCGACAAUGGCUCCAGUACCAGAAGAGACUCCAGUGGAGAGCGUAGCUGGGCUGGGUACGAAACCACGGACACCCAGAAAGGCAAAGAAGCCGAAUUACGAGCUGCUUACAGACGUGCAGCUUGCACGAAAGAUCAAAACAUUCGGGUUCAAGCCCAUCAAAAGACGCUCAGCCAUGAUUUCCUUGCUAGAUCAGUGCUGGGAAAGUCAGCACCAGACGGCGUCUUCACCAGGUGGUGCAAGAGCCAUGACGACGUCUGCAUCCCCACAGUCUCCCAAGGAAGCCACCCCAAUCAAAGCAGGAAAGGGAGACGGAGCAGUCAAAAGGCCACGGGGACGGCCCAAGAAAGUCAUCGAAGAGCUCCCAUCCGGCGGAAAAGCCAAGGUAAAGUCUCCGGCAAGAACGACAGCAAAGGCAUCCCGAGCAAAAAAGCCUGCGACAUCAAAACCUUUGGCUCCGAUUGAAAUCUCGGACUCUGAUGACAUUUUUGACGAGCAGCUUUCUGCGCCAUCAACUCCCAGGGAGGCAUCAUCGCCAGAGGCCGUCUUCUCGCCCUCUGCAGCACCAUUAGAAAUAUCUACCGGGGACGAGGCCGACUUAUCCCUGGCCCUGUCACCAACAGACAAUGAAGAAAUUCUCUUCAAGCAUAUCACGAAUGUGGUCAAAUCGAUGGCACGGUCAACUGAUCCAGCGGAGCCUUCUUGGCAUGAGAAGAUGCUGCUCUAUGACCCUAUUGUCCUCGAGGAUUUUGCCGCGUGGCUCAACUCAGGUGAGCUGACGAAAGUGGGUUGGGAUGCCGAGGUGGCCCCUUCAGAUGUCAAGAAGUGGUGCGAGUCCAAGAGCGUGAUAUGUCUGUGGAAGCAGAACACGCGUGGGAAGGAGAGAAAGCGAUAUUGAUUGUGCUUGUUCUUGUAGCACCUGUGAUGGCUGUGGCCUCCAACACGGUUGCUCAGCAAUUUCUGUGAUUUGGAUUGGCGUCAAGCAAGGGAUUUGGUUGGAGCACAGCAUGGGUUUGGAACGUUGGCAGCGGCGUAAGCGACUUAUAUACCCUGCAAUUCUUAGAGCUUGAACAUGCAUUUCUUUCAGAGACG